CACGUGUGCGGGAGGGAAGCAGGAAGUGACUCUGGGAGUGGAGCCGGCGAGCCAGCUGCUGCGGGGGCUGAUGGAAGUGGAGUGGGGGCUUGAGAGGGCACCCUACCGUAUCCAGCAUGCUCCAAGGCCGCAGUCCCGUGUCCCAGGCCUUGCUGGGCACCUUCUUCACCUGGGGGAUGACGGCGGCUGGGGCGGCCCUCGUGUUCAUCUUCUCCAGCGGACAGAGGCGGAUCUUAGACGGAAGCCUUGGCUUUGCUGCAGGGGUCAUGUUGGCGGCUUCCUACUGGUCCCUCCUGGCCCCAGCGGUGGAGAUGGCCACAUCCUCUGGCGGCUUUGGGGCCUUGGCCUUUUUCCCUGUGGCUGUUGGCUUCACCCUCGGAGCUGCUUUUGUCUACGUGGCGGACCUCCUGAUGCCUCACCUGGGUGCAGCAGAAGACCCCCAGACGGCCCUGGCCCUGAACUUGGAGCCUGCGUUGUUGAAGAAGGCUGAUCCUGAGCGUCCCGGCCUGCUCUUCCCGGAGAGCGAGCUUUCCAUCCGGAUAGGUAGAGCUGGGCUUCUUUCAGACAAGAGUGAGAAUGGUGAGGCAUAUCAGAGGAAGAAGGCGGUGGCCACCGACCUUCCCGAGGGCCCUGCUGCCCCUGUGCCAUCUCAGGGGAACCUGGUGCAGCCCGGCGGCAGCAGCUGGAGGAGGAUUGCGCUUCUCAUCUUGGCCAUCACCAUACACAACAUCCCAGAGGGUCUUGCUGUUGGAGUUGGAUUUGGGGCUGUAGAAAAGACAGCAUCUGCCACCUUUGAGAGCGCCAGGAAUUUGGCCAUUGGAAUCGGGAUCCAGAAUUUCCCGGAGGGCCUCGCUGUCAGCCUUCCCCUGCGAGGGGCUGGCUUCUCCACCUGGAGAGCCUUCUGGUACGGGCAGCUGAGCGGCAUGGUGGAGCCUCUGGCUGGGGUCUUCGGUGCCUUUGCGGUGGUGCUGGCUGAGCCCAUCCUGCCCUACGCUCUGGCCUUUGCCGCUGGCGCCAUGGUCUAUGUGGUCAUGGAUGACAUCAUCCCCGAAGCUCAGAUCAGUGGUAACGGCAAGCUGGCGUCCUGGGCCUCCAUCCUGGGUUUCGUGGUGAUGAUGUCGCUGGACGUUGGUCUGGGCUAGGGCUGAAAGGCUUCCAGACCCCAGGGAAGGCAGCACAGGCAAACCGCCAUGGUUGGCUUCUGCAGGACCACAAGCCUCUUUCUUCACAUUAAAACAUGUUUCCCUUCCCCCUUUCAUCUCAUGACCUUGAUUGACUGUGAUUAUAAGAAGACAGUCUUUUUAGUUUUCUUUUGUGGGAGAUAGUGGUUUUAUCUGGAAUUUCAAGUUGCCCCAGAACUAUAGAUUUCUGCUUGGCCACUAAAUGGAAUCGCUCUUCGGUGGGGUUACCCAGGACCUACAGAUCAGGGAAAUCUUUGCCUUUGUAACCUUCAGUCUCCCUCGCCAGACGCAAUGCUGACUCCUCAAGGUCACCGACAGAAGCAAGCUACCAAGAGAGGCGUCUCCUAAGCAUCCUUGCCUAGUGACUGGGCGCAGAAUGGCCAGGACAGCGCUCCUCCGUCCCCUCCUGAUCUUUCACUGCUGACCCCCCCAUCCAGACUGGAGCUGGAGCAUCCUGGACAAAGCACCCUGCUUGCCAAGGUCGAAGGAGGAACAUACCUUCCUCUGCCUCCCCGCAGGGAGAUGUGAUGUGGGACGAGGCUCAGACAAAGGGAAGCAAAUCAGGCUAGUCUCUCUCUCUCUUUUUUUAAGGCAAAGAUUGACUCAUGGACGUGAAGGGAAUUAAAACCACUGUGAAUGCACAGUGGGCCCUGUGAAAAGAGGGCAGAGCGAAGCUUUGAUCAGAGACCUCUGCUCUCUCUGAAUUCCCAGAGCAACCUGGUUUGCCAUGGUUUCCAAAUCCCCAGGUGUGUACUUUGCUGAGUCCUUCAUUUCUCUAAGACACUCGGGGACACCAGCAAACGGCUAGAACGCAAACCUUUCAGUUACUUGUGGCAGGAACCAUGUAAGCUAAUUUAUGUGGGUGAAAGAUAUUUGGAAUCUGCACUGGAUCCUUCUCCGUUGACCAUUUGGUACCUGUAUCCUGACCCAGACCUCUUAAGCUGCAGCAGGCAUUGCUGGAUUUUGGCCAGAGAGCUCAGAAUGAGGAAGGAAGGGGAGUAGGAAAAGAAGAGUUAUUUUUUUAGAAAAUUUCCUCUUUUAAGGUAAAUUUGAGCCAAGUCAGCAUUCUAAAGUGACCCUGAAGAAUGACAUGAGUGAGACUUAGAAGCCAACUGCUCCUUCCUGUGCACAGCUUCUCCAGCAGGGGUGACAUGACUUGUCUGCUUUAGAUAUAGCAAAGGCCUGCCUUCCCCUCUGGUCAAAAGAGCAUAUGGGACCUUGAGUGGGCUCCGCUCAAUAGCCAGGUAUUCUGGCAUUGGGUGAGCAAUGCCUGCCCUGCGUUGACGUGUCGCAUUGCUUCCAAGGGUGAAUACACUGUCCUGUGAAUGCCCUAAGACCCUACGCUGCAUCUAUGUAUGUUCUUUCAGAGCACUGAUGAUCAAAACGGAAAAAACACUCAAAGGUUUGAUUGGUUGAGGGUCAUUGGCUCAGUGGUUGGCACAUGUGUAUUUUUAUGUCUUUGUAUGUAGUUCUACAAAAUGCAGACUUCUUUCUGAUGGAUAAGACCUCACAACUGUGAUGAAUAUCAAUAAAGGGGGUACUGUUGGGGAUGA